CCCGUAAUUGCCACAAUUACCAGAGCGUCGGUGAAACCAGAGAGGGAAAGUGUGAGAAAUUCCAGACACACACACACACACACAAAGAGGUAGAGAUAGAAAAAGAGAGUGACUGUUGAAGAUGAUACAGCUAUUCUUGGCGGCGACUUUGGGGGCCAUGUUGGUGAUUCUGAUCCUUCUCUUCAGGACUCCUCUGAGGAAGCUGGUGAUCAUGGGGUUGGACCGCCUUAAGCGAGGCAGAGGACCUCUCGUCGUCAAGACCGUCGGUGGGGUCCUCUUCGCCAUGAUGUCCGUCACCGUCUACAACAUAGCCGAGAUCCAGCGCCGUCCGAUCGAGGCCAUCAAUCCCACCGACCAGAUCCUUCUCGCCAGGAACAUGCUUGAAGCUUCUUUCAUGGGAUUCUUGCUGUUUCUCUCACUAAUGAUUGAUAGACUACAUCACUACAUAAGGGAACUUGAAAAACUCAGGAAGACCAUGGAUGCUGCAAAGAAGCAAAACCGAGGUAUGGAAGAUACAAAGAGUGACAGUUCAGACGGGCUCAAAGUCUUGGGUGAUGAGAUCUCCUCACUUAAAACAAAGGUCAAACAGCUAGAAACUGAAUGUGAAACAACAGAGAAAGAGGUGAAGGCUGCAGAAGCCAAUGUGGUGGCUCUAAACGGCCAAUCAGAGGGACUCCUGAUGGAGUAUGAUCGCUUGCUGGAGGAGAAUCAAAACUUUCGAAAUCAGCUACAGUCGAUUGACCAGAACUUGUCUCAUUCUGAUAACAAGAAGAACACAUAAGGUAACAAGAAAUUUGCUUAUAUUUUGUAUGGGUUCUAAUUCCCAUUUAAUAAUUUCCAUUUAAGGGAAUUUGAUGUUUGGUUUAGAGGUGGCGGUGUUACGGUUUAGCUCAUACCUCUGUAGAAAGAUAGGAACUAAAAGAGGCACAUAUAGUAUUCUCUGUAAAUUGACCGUUUGAAGUGCCUGAAACUGAUCGAAGCAACUGUAUGUCGUUUGUUUAUGGUAAUUUUGAGUAUAAUUUCUGGGGAAGUGAUUUCA